AUGUGCACUAGAGGACCUGUCAGCUUGGGGCGAUCACCCGGCCUCACACACAGGCAGCCAGAACCUCUGUGCUGUCCGAGUCUGCAGCGCAGCCUCCAGCCCAGCAGGGAACAGCUCAUCUGUGGGCUGUGCACUCAUCCCGCAGGUGCUGUGGACGAGACCUUGGAGCGUGACCUGGAGACCUCCCGUCCCGGGGCCUGUGAGCUGCACGUGGGGAACGUGUCUUUUCUUGUCCAGGAUGGGUGGGAACUCCUUUCUCCCCAGUACACCAGCUACAAGAGUGCACACUUCUCAUAUAGGCAUUCUGGUAAAUGGAGUUAA